AUGUUCGGCAACCCCGUGGUGUGCAGCGAUGGUGUGACGAUCGCCAAGGAAGUGGAACUUGCCAAUCCCUAUGAGAACCUGGGCGCGCAGCUGGUCAAGGAGGCCGCGGCCAAGACCAACGACGCGGUUGGCGACGGAACGACGACCUCGGUUGUGUUGGCCGACGCCAUGGUCCACGAGGGAUUCAAGAACGUGGCAGCCGGCGCCAACGGCAUGAGCCUGCGCAUCGGCAUAGAGGCCGCCAUCGACGCUGUGGUCGCCGAGUUGCGAGAAAUGGCCAUCCCGGUGGAGGGCCGCGAACAGAUAGCCCGCGUGGCGGCCCUGUCGGCACACGAGGAAGCCAUCGCCGAGCAACUGGCCAACGCGCUGGAGAAAGUGGGGCGCGACGGAGUCGUAACCAUCGAGGAGUCGAAGUCGCUCUUCGACGAACUGGACUUCGUGGAAGGGGUACGCAUCGACCGCGGCUACCUGUCGCCGCACUUCGUCACCGACACCCAGCGCAUGGAAGUAGCCAUAGACAGACCGUACUUCCUGCUCACCGACCAGAAGGUCAGCUCUCCCAACGACAUCAUCGGCAUACUGGAAAAGAUGGUGGGGGCCGGGCAGCGGACACUGGUACUGAUCGCGGAGGACGUGGAUGGCGAGGCCCUCUCGACCUUGGUAGUCAACAAGACCCGGGGAAUCCUGGACUGCGUCGCCAUCAAGGCCCCUGGCUUCGGUGAGCGCCGGAAGGCCCUGCUGGAAGACAUUGCGAUCGUGACCGGCGGGACGGUGAUCAGCGCCGACCGCGGCCUGAGGCUGGACGCUGCCGAGGUCGAACACCUAGGAACGGCCAGGCGGCUGGUGGCAAACAAGGACGAGUCGACGAUCAUCGAGGGGCACGGCUCGGAGCAGGGCGUCAAGGACCGGCUGGACCAGCUACGGGUGCAGAUCGAAGAGACCACCUCGGACUACGACCGGGAAAAGCUGCAGGAGCGGAUGGCAGCCCUGGUAGGCGGCGUGGCUGUCGUGAAGGUGGGGGGCGCCACGGAGCCGGAGGUCAGCGAGCGCAAGUCCCGAACCGAGGACGCGCUUUCGGCCACCCGUGCGGCCAUCGAGGAAGGCAUUGUGCCCGGAGGCGGCGUUGCCCUGAUUCGCGCCGGCCACGUGCUGCAAGAGGUCAUCGCAUCGCUGGAGGGCGACGAGGCGCUGGGAGCGCGACUGGUGCGUGAGGCGCUGCACGCCCCCUUGACGCUGAUCGCCGCGAACGCGGGCUACGAAGCGCCGGUGGUGGUGGAUAGUGUCCGGUCCGGGGAAGGAGACUGGGGUUUCAACGCCGAGAUCGGGGAGUAUACCCAUCUGAUCCAGGCGGGAAUCAUCGAUCCGGUCAAAGUUACCCGCUCGGCGCUGGAAAACGCCGGCAGCAUCGCGGGCAUGAUGCUGACCACCGAGGCCAUCAUCACCGAGAUACCCGAGGAGAAGCCACUGCCCGCCGACAUGCAGGACUUCAUGCACGACUAG